AGAAACGUUCGCGAGAUACUAAUCGUUCUCGUACGUUAACACCGGCUACCUAGUUUCCUUGUGGCCGUCUAGUCGAUUCGAUCGCGUUCUAUGUCGCUGCUGCAACGCCGCACGUCAGGGUGAUUCUGCCGAGUGCGGAAAAGGAUAAAGAGGAAUACGUUACGACGUGGUAUAACCUCUGAAAUUUUGCGUUUUCUAUCGACCGUGCUUCGAUAGAGGUGAAUUUAUAAGUAACAGUGAGGUAAUAGUUUGACAGUUGACUAUUUUGACUACGUGCCGAUUACUCUCAUUUAGAGGUUACCGGUACGUCUUAACCAUUGUUUUUUCUUUCGUCCCGAAUACGUGAACUGUACUGCGGUUUGAUUGUCGUGUUGUUACUCUACUGUUCGACUAUAUCAAGAAUUGACAAUGGGCGGAUGCACUUCCAAGGACACGGCUUCGGCCGACGACAAGAAAAACAACAUGGUAGACCAAGCAGUCCUUGACAAACUGGAGGCUGGCUACGCCAAGCUGGCUGCUUCCGACAGCAAGUCUUUGCUGAAGAAGUAUCUGACCAAGGAAGUCUUUGACCAGCUGAAGACUAAGAAGACCUCCUUUGGUUCCACCCUGCUGGACGUUAUCCAGUCCGGUCUGGAGAAUCACGACUCCGGAGUUGGUAUCUAUGCUCCUGAUGCUGAAGCAUACACCGUCUUCGCCGACCUUUUCGACCCCAUCAUCGAGGACUACCAUGGUGGAUUCAAGAAGACUGACAAGCACCCUCCCAAGGACUUUGGCGAUGUCGAUACUCUUGGCAAUCUUGACCCUUCUGGUGAGUACAUCGUGUCCACCCGUGUCAGGUGCGGACGUUCCCUCGAGGGGUACCCCUUCAACCCCUGCCUGACCGAGGCUCAGUACAAGGAGAUGGAAGAGAAGGUAUCCAGCACCCUCUCUGGACUCGAGGGCGAACUCAAGGGUACUUUCUACCCACUCACCGGAAUGAGCAAGGAGGUCCAGCAGAAGCUGAUCGACGACCACUUCCUCUUCAAGGAGGGUGACCGUUUCCUCCAGGCAGCCAAUGCUUGCCGAUUCUGGCCCACCGGACGUGGUAUCUACCACAACGAUGCCAAGACCUUCCUGGUCUGGUGCAACGAGGAGGAUCAUCUUCGUAUCAUCUCUAUGCAGAUGGGCGGUGACCUGGGCCAGGUUUACCGUCGUCUGGUGACUGCCGUCAACGACAUCGAGAAGCGCCUUCCCUUCUCCCACAAUGACCGUCUUGGUUUCCUGACCUUCUGCCCGACAAAUCUGGGUACGACGGUGCGCGCCUCUGUGCACAUCAAGGUACCCAAGCUGGCCGCAAACAAGGCUAAGCUCGAGGAGGUCGCCUCCAAGUUCAACCUCCAGGUGCGCGGAACCCGCGGUGAGCACACCGAGGCCGAAGGUGGCAUCUACGACAUCUCCAACAAGCGACGUCUCGGACUCACCGAGUACCAGGCCGUCAAGGAAAUGCACGACGGCAUCGCGGAGCUCAUCAAGAUCGAGAAGGAACUGUAAAGUGGUUUCCUUUCCAUAUCCUAGAUACUACCCUCCCCAUGUUGUUGUCACUGUUGGCCACCACGCGUCCCCGAAGUUCCUGGAGACGAGGAUGAGCUCGAUCGUAUUGCGAUACAAGAAAGAGAACUUCUAGGGUAAUUACGUGUCUUUGGUAAUACGUAAUUCUUAAAACUUAUCCUUAGCGCGUUAGAGGAGGCUUGCUCCUAGAGUUCGUCUUCGGGUUACUCCUCAUCUCCUUUAUUUUUCUUAUCCCUCCCCUUCGCCAUCUACCACUUGACACUCACACACAACACGUGAUAUUUACUACUAUUGUGAAUUACGUUUAAAGAGUUCCUUUUAAUUAACGUAUACCAAAAAAGAGAAAGAAACGAAAGAGAACGCGAAGAUCAAUAAAGAGAGGAAGAGGAGGAAGAUGAAGAAACGAAGAAGAACAUCUUUAAGGAUCGAGCAGCUUUGUACUAUGUGCAUUGUAAACGUCAGUAUUUUGUUUUUAUGUUUAACAAUGUAUUCGGAGUACACGAGGUUACACUCAUUAUUUCGCUUUUCUUCUGUUGAUUUUCUUUACUCUAAUUUCACUUUGCAAAAGUCUCUCGUUACGAGGGAGGAGACGCGGCAACGAUUAAUUCUCUCUUGUUUCCCUCAAAGGCCGGAGCACUCAUUAUAUAAGUUGAAACUUUGCUUUUAUUCAUUAAUUGUAAUAUUACUUAAUACUUAUUAUUAAUUAUGAUUAUGAUAUUGUAAUACGUAUGGUAAAUACCCAACACUCGUGUCACAUCACCCCCGCUAGCGCUGCCCGAAAAUUGUGAUGAUUUCUAUUUCGUUAGAAACAAUAUUGUUAUAUUACACUAAUCGUAAGGUACACUGGUUAAUACGGCUUUUCGACCUCGAUGGAUUAGAAUUGCGCGAGGACGCUGUGGCUUGGCGGAUAUCCGAUUUUCUCAGUACAGUAUUCAUCGGAGAAUGAGAAUCCUGAUACUACCGAUGUCUUUUGAGCUCUUGGGGUUGGGGCAGUCGCUAUUUUCUCUGGGAGUUUUAAUUAAAGAAAAAAGAAAAAAAUUCGGGAGAGUCGCCAUACGGCCUGCAGCAAUCCAUAACUGCGCAACAACCAGCUGUACGGAACAAACAAGUUUAGAACACGAAUAAAAAGACAUACACCUUAU